AUGAGACUAGGAGUCAGCUUAAGAUUGCUAAUACCAACUUUAAGUAUUCUCCUUGGUUGGAAUGCAAACCAUGUGUAUGCAGUCGAAUGCGAAGGCAGGGAUCUAUACACUCCGUUUCCGUUCGACGAUGAUAAAACAAAGUACAGGGUAUGUUUCAGUAACACUGGAGAUUCCAAGGAAUAUGAUUGCCCAGACGAUCUUAAUUUCAACGAGGAACUAAGAAGCUGUGCGGCUGUUUUCAUCCCAAUGCCAAAGUGCACCUUUGAAGGAGAAAGAUUUAAGAACCCUCUUGUUGAUGAUGAUGAUUGCAUAAAUUAUAUUGAAUGUGAUAAGGAUCUGGUUUUUUUCACGGAAAGACAAUGUAACACCGGUGAACACUUCAACCCACUUUAUCAAGAUUGUGUUCUUGAGGCUGAAUAUGACUGCGAUAUUGAUAUUCCCGAUUGCUCCCAUCCUGAUUUCCAAAACAGAAAGUGGAUUGACAAAGAAAGUUGUGACUCCUACUACGAAUGCGUCGGAGAUAUUAUUGUAAGUCGGACAUGUCCCAGUGGAAUGUACUUAGACGUGCACACUCAAGCUUGCAUGUACAACUCCGCGGUCAAUGGUGGAUGCCAAGUUCCUAAGCCCCAGCCCAAUUAUCUAGUGAAUGUUGAAACUAUGUGCCAAGGUAAUGUUGGAAAGUUUCUUCCGGAUCCCCACUAUUGUAAAGCUUAUUACUAUUGUGUCGACGAAUCAACACCUUACUGGAGUCCCUGUUCAGACGGAAGAUACUUUGAGAAUGAAACUUGCACUAAAACACGAGCUAGUAGCUGCAUUUGCGAAGACUUAACGUGGGGAGACUCUAGUCCAAAAUCAGUGAAUGUUCCACAUCCUGAUAGGACAAAAUUUUAUGUGUGUAAAAAAGGAGUACAAGCCGAGGAGAAGUCGUGUCCACCGGGUACCACCUUCAAUGCAACGAAAAAGAUGUGUUCUGCGUGAUUUACAAGAUAUAUUAACCGACCUGCUUUAAGUUUCACCGUAUCCACUGAAAAUAAAAAAA